ACCUCACCGACACAAGCUUAUUCAUUUCUCCCUGUCUCUCUCACACGGACAUCCCUGCUCCGACCAUUUUAUAACCUAUUUCGUUUUUUUAUUUCUCUAUUGUGUAAAUAAAAGAGCUAGUUUUUAAAUAACCAUGGCUAACAAGGAGGAGAAACCCGAAGCAAAGGAGUCAGGCUGGAAAAAUUUUCUCUACAACCCGCGGACUGGAGAGUUCAUGGGGCGCACUGCGAGUAGCUGGGCACUGAUCUUUCUCUUCUACGUUGCUUUCUAUGGCUUUCUUGCCGGGAUGUUUUCCCUCACCAUGUGGGUGAUGCUUCAAACACUGGAUGAUCACAUUCCCAAGUACAGGGAUCGAGUGGCAAACCCAGGUGUGAUGAUCAGGCCCGAGUUUUUGGAAAUCAAAGUAAACCGCUCGGACGAGAAGCAGUACAAAGAGUUUGUCGAUGGUCUGGAGAACUUCCUGCAGCAGUACAAUGAUACGCUGCAGGAACAAAAUGCACUAUGUCAAUCGGGCGUUUAUACUGAACAGGACACUGAGGAAGAGAAAAAGGUUUGCCAGUUUAAACGCAGCGAGCUUCGCCAGUGCUCGGGACUGGCUGAUAGAAACUUUGGCUAUGCCGACGGUCAGCCCUGUGUGUUGAUCAAGAUAAACCGGGUAAUCGGGCUGCUGCCCCGAGGAGAUCCAUAUGUCAACUGCACUGCCAAGAGAGACACUCUUCUGCAGAUGCAGUAUUUCCCAGCUGAGGGCCGCUUUGACAAGAUGUAUUUCCCCUACUAUGGCAAAAAAGCACAUCCUAACUACACACAGCCACUGGUGGCCGUGAAACUGCUGUUGACUGAGAAUGAUUACAACACGCCCCUGACUAUCGAGUGCAAGGUGGAGGGCUCGGACCUGCGCAACGACGACGAACGCGACAAGUUCCUGGGUCGGGUCACCUUCCGCAUCCAAGUGACCAAGUAGCCCGGAUUGUUCAUUGGAGCUGCACGAUGUUCAUCAGUCACACCUCUUUCCCAAUCCUCUUCUCCUUUCACACAGUUCUAUGAGCCAGUCCCCCUGCUCCAGCCAUGUCAGUCUACCUUCCACCACCUUAGCAGAAGUCACCGUUUAUCCGUACUGUACUCUGGAGGUAGGUUUAGAACAGGGCCAGGGCUGCUCGAAUAGAAUCGGUGCGCUAUAUAAUCUAGAUUUUUAAUUUUAACACCUCUUCCUGUUUCCCCUUUCCCCCUUUUACUGAGGAAUAAAUACAAAUAAGUGCACAUUUAGCCUCCUGUAAGCCAUCUUUGUAAGACACAAAGCUAAAGACAUCGUGCAGUAAGCAGGGAUCUGUAAAUAGAUUAGUGUCAGAUCAUCCAGUUUUAUGUCUAUUCCCUCCUGUAGUGUUGUGCAGCCUGCUGUGUGUGUGCGUGCGUGCGCGUGUCUGGAAGUGCCAUGAUGUGAAGUCUAUGUACAUAUUUAAUGGAUUUUAAAGACACUUUUCCUGUAUCACCACUCACUGUCUGACUGCUGUAAGAAAUUCAAGGUUAUGAUAUAUGUAAUAAGAAUUGUAAUUUAAGAUUUUCAAGGAAUGACAAAUGUUACUAAAGGGAGGGGGAGACCAAAAAAAUGUCUUUUAACCUCGUCUUUAGUCCAUCUGUCGUCCAAGGGAAGUGAUUUUUUUUAAACCUCUGCAGAAACUGUACUUUGUGCAGAUGCCUUAAAGAGCUGUAUGGAAAAAAAACAGAAAUAAAGGAGAUUUUAAACAUGA